AUGGAAAAUGGAGAGGAGAACCUAAAGUCCCGUCCCUCGGUAAAAGAGAAGGUCAUGGGCAUCUUCAAACCGAAGUCCGAAGACUCGAACUCGCUUCAGGACCACCAGAAGCAGCAGCAGCAACGUCUGCCCCCGCAAGAAUACGAAUCAGGGCUUGAAGUCGUCCAGCCUCUCCCGUGGAACCCCAACGACGUCCCCUUGCCGGAGGUCGCGCCGCACAACCACCUAGACGCCAAGACGUUGUCGACACCGCAGGUCGCCAACGACCCGGCGUCAUGGCAUCACUACCACUUGAAGAAGAACCCAGGUCUCGAGGUGGCGGCGGCGCCGGCAUCUUCGCCGGACGCGUCGUCGGUGAUGAGCCCCGGCGGGUACAGCAGCACGCUCUACGGCGGCAGCCAGGACUCGACGCACGCGUACUACCAGCAACACCCGCCGGGGUACCACCGGCCGUCGUCCAAGAAGGCAUCCUCCGUCGACGGGCUCGGUAUGGGGCCGAGGGUGUGCGGGAUGCGGCGCAAGGUGUUUUACAUCGCGAUGGCGGUUGCGAUCGUCUUCGCCAUCGCGGCCAUCGCCAUCGGUCUCGGGGCCGGCUUGGCGUUCGGGCGGAAAUCAAGCGGUCAGUCCGGCGGCUCCGGUUCAGGCAACCUUCCGACAGGUGUGGAGUCAACAAAAACGGCAAAUAUCACCUGUCCGGCGUCGGACAACUCGACCUUUUCCGCGCAGGAUGAGCCGGACCGCCAGUUCAGGCUGAUUUGUGGCCACGACUACAACAGCGCAGACGGCGCCAUCGACCUGACGGCGGAGAACGCGACGACCAUGGCCAACUGCAUCGACCGGUGUGCCAACCGGACGGAGUGCGUCGGGGCCGGCUGGGGCGACUACUACGGUAAUCACGUAUGCUGGAUGAAGAGCCGCCUGGGGAAGCCCAACGUUUCCGGGAACUGGUUAUUUGCGGUCGAUCUCAACGGCACUGACGCGUCUUCAUUACCGUGA